AAGUUGAAAAUAGUUUAAGUAAUGAAGAAGAUAAGUUGCGACAAUAUGGAAUAUGUCAUCAAAAAGAUCAUAACUCACGAACUUGUUUAGAAAGCAAUAAAGGUGAUGAGAAUUUUCUAUCUGAAUUUAGUAAAAAAAUUCUCGAAGAGAGACAAACUG